GCUCCCUGCCGGAGUCAUCGCGGCGCGCUCUCGCUUCCCCGGGUGCCGUUGUAAAAACGGCGGUGAUGGGGAGGAGGAAGAGGACGUGGAGGACCGAAGCCUGACAUUCCCUGCGGAGAUCGUGCUGUAGGAGACAGUAGAGAGCUACCAGAAGGGAACAGACAAUAGGAGGAGAGCGGCGGGCAGCAAAAGGCGCAAUGUUGGAAGAGCGGCGACAGCAGCGCGCCCCUCACCGGGACAAGGGGAUGCUCGCGAGUUUCUCCUCUUGCUGCAUCCUCCCAGGGGCGCCUGCUGCAUUCCCCCCGGGAGCCGUUUAAAGUUUGAGGAUGGCCGCACCCUGACGAACCAGGCGCCUUGUGCCGAUCGGGGGGAAAGCUGACGGAGGUUGCGGCUGGGCGCAGCUGAGCGCAACAUGCUGGAAUGGGGGCGCCUUGCGCGCGCACAGCCUGAGCCCGCCGCGGCUUUGCUGGAGGAGGGAGCCGCUGCUCGGGAAGGAGACGGAGGGGAAAGAGCGGAGAGGAUGCCGCCCUCCCAGGCGUGGAGAUGAGAGCGGGCUCUGCGGGGUGGCAUGGGUGCCGGCGAAGUAAGCUCCUGCGGCACAAGCGGCGGCGGCCCAGCUUGUCUUCUAGACGAGAGAGCCAUGUGGAAGAAGCAGGCAGGGCGAAGAGGCGGCCGUAGCUGCUGAAGGAGAAGCCGCCUCUCCUCCCCCCUCCUCCUCCACUUCUUUCCCUCCCCAGCGUUUGGGUCUGAGUGUUGGGGAAGAGGCGGGCAAUCAUCAGCCUCGCUAGAUGGCGAACGCCAGCGAGCUGGGAAGCAGCAGCAGCAGCAGCCCCCACAUGCCCAGCCCUGACGGCCUUCUCAGCGCCUCUGGCCUCAAGCUAGCCACGCUGGGGUUGAUCCUGUGCGUCAGCCUGGCGGGCAACGUGCUCUUCGCUUGGCUCAUCCUCAAGGAGCGUCACCUGCACCGCGCCCCUUACUAUCUGCUCCUGGACCUGUGCCUGGCCGAUGGGCUGCGCUCCUUGGCCUGCUUCCCCUUUGUCAUGCUCUCGGUGCACAAUGGGGCAGGCUCCUGGCCUCAUGGUCUGCUCAGCUGCAAGGUCCUGGCUUUCUUGGCCGUCCUCUUCUGCUUUCAUGCCGCCUUCCUACUCUUCUGCGUGGGCGUGACACGGUACAUGGCGAUUGCCCAUCACCGCUUCUAUGCCAAGCGCAUGACGGGCUGGACCUGCCUGGCCGUGGUGUGCAUGGUGUGGACCCUCUCCAUGGCUAUGGCCUUCCCACCUGUCUUUGACGUGGGCACCUACAAGUUCAUUCGGGAGGAGCAGCAGUGCAUUUUUGAGCACCGUUAUGUCAAGGCCAACGACACGCUGGGUUUCAUGCUCAUGCUUGCCACUGUCAUUGCUGCCACCCAUUUGGUUUACAUCAAGCUUCUCUUCUUUAUCCAUAGCCACCGCAAGAUGAAACCGGCUCAGUUGGUGCCAGCCAUUAGCCAGAACUGGACUUUCCACGGGCCUGGGGCCACUGGCCAGGCAGCUGCCAACUGGACAGCUGGCUUUGGCCGGGGUCCCACUCCUCCUACCUUGGUGGGCAUCAGACAGAACGCCACCCAUAGCCAGAUCAAGCGGCUACUGGUCCUGGAGGAAUUCAAAAUGGAGAAGAGGAUCUGCAAGAUGUUCUACAUGAUCACCCUCCUUUUCCUACUUCUCUGGUCCCCCUAUAUUGUGGCCUGUUACUUGCGUGUCUUCAUCAAGGCCAGCACCAUCCCCCAAGUCUACCUGACCACAUCUGUCUGGAUGACCUUUGCCCAGGCAGGGGUCAACCCCAUUCUGUGCUUCAUUUUCAACAAGGAGCUCAGAGUCUGUUUCAGAGCUAAUUUCCUCUGCUGCCAAAGCAUACAAAAUACCCAAGGCACAAUUCUGUGUGAUUUGAAGAAUUUUGGGGUGUAGUUUAUCUUUCCAGUUAUAAAGUAACACUCCUUCUUCUUCUUCUUUGCAUAUGCACUUGAGAGAUGGUUACCUAAGGAGACACCUGGCCUCCCCCACCUGCCCUUAUGUUUUAAGAGGUUAUUUAUUUAUUUAUGUUUUAUUGGAGGGGGGAGAUUGGGGGGAAUAACACAGGGCUCUAACUUUCUUGGCUGUUUCUAACAUUUCUACAGAUUAUUCUGACAUGGAUAAAAAGGCCAUAAUUUUGUGUUGGUUUUUGUUAAAAUGCCCUACAGGUUUUGAUAAAGGCUAAGCACUUUUAUUCAUGUAAGAUUUUAUAUAAGGCCAAGAUGAAAUUUUAUACUAAAGUGUUAUUUUUUAUGAGCUCAGAAUAUUGUAUUACAGUGUUUGUUUUUAAAAGGUAACCAAGAAGGAGAAACUGUACUGUGUUUAGAAGUUGGUUCAUGCUGGGGAGCUUUUGGGUUAAUUUUUUAUUUCAGUAUUUAAAGCAGUGACUUUAUAACAUUGCCUGAAACAGAAACAUGGGAUGCAACCCUAACCUACAUCUUAAUAGUACUCAAGUUAUUAGGUCGUUUCCUAUUGACCUGAAGAGAAUUAGGUUCACUUGCUCUGAUGUACAACUAACUUGUUGCACUGUUCCUUUGAUAGUAUCUCAGAACCCUUUUGGGAAAAAAUGAUAAUUUUAAAAAGCAAAAUAAUUGCAUAUCAACUGUCAAUAGCAGGUUUUUAAA